CAGGACUCCUUGCCCAUCGAUUAAUUAACUCGACCUUUCACCUCGUGUCCUGAUCAUUUCUCUUCUUCUACUUCGCCGCAAGUUGAUCACUCCGACCUCAAUCCGCUCUUGUUUCUUGUUCCUCCGUGUCAAACUCAACUUCGGCUAUCCAUCCAACACACGUCACAAUGAAUCCAGAAUACGACUACCUCUUCAAGCUCCUGCUUAUUGGAGACUCCGGUGUUGGAAAGUCUUGCCUUCUGUUGCGAUUCGCCGAUGACACAUACACCGAGUCCUACAUCUCCACCAUUGGUGUUGAUUUCAAAAUCCGGACCAUCGAACUCGACGGCAAGACUGUCAAACUACAGAUCUGGGAUACCGCCGGCCAAGAACGAUUCCGAACAAUCACCUCCUCGUACUAUCGCGGCGCACACGGCAUCUGCGUGGUCUACGAUGUGACAGAUAUGGACUCUUUCAACAACGUCAAGCAAUGGCUGCAAGAGAUCGAUCGCUACGCCACUGAGGGCGUCAACAAGUUGCUCGUGGGUAACAAGAGUGAUAUGGCAGACAAGAAGGUCGUUGACUACACUAUGGCAAAGGAAUUCGCCGACAGCUUGGGCAUCCCCUUCCUCGAGACAUCCGCCAAGAACGCCUCCAACGUUGAACAGGCCUUCUUGACCAUGGCUCGCCAAAUCAAGGAACGCAUGGGAACAACCACUGUGAACAACAAACCCACUGUCCAGGUCGGCCAGGGCCAAGGCGUUCAGUCAGGAUCCGCCGGUGGCUGCUGCUAGGUUUCCUGCCAGCCCCGACUGAGCAGCUGUACACGGUGACUAUGACGCAGAUUUUUAGCGGUUGAUGUAGGGAACUGGUUGGCCAUGGAGAGCAAAGGCAUCGAGCAGGAGUUCCUAUUGCUGCACCUUUGCCUCACAUGAUUUCGCAGGCGUUGAGGCGAAUGGGUGAGAUUCAUACAUGUCUAGACUUCUGCUUGCAAUAGCCCAACCCAUUCCCAGGAUGAGAUCUUUGUUGGAUUUGGCGGCUUCCUGCUCCGACAGGUUAAUGAUGGAAUGCACAAGCUGAACGCGAGGAUACAGAUCGACCCAGACUGAGGGAAAUGAACACUUAAUUAUGCUCACGGAAGACAUCCCAUGGGUCUGUAUUCCUGUCAAUUCAGGCUGUUGCGACAUUUUUUGAUGUUUCCUGUUCACUUUUGCACCCAAGCUGCAUCCACUGCUUCUGCCAACCAUCGACGAGCGUGGUCGUUGGCGCUGGAGGUGAGCACCGAUAUCAUCGUACCCAGCAGCAAGGCUGGACAUGGGGUCGCCGCUGCUCACAAUGAGGCAAGGUUUUGAUACUUUCCCCCCGGUCGCCGCUCCAGCUACACCGCCCAUUUUAUUGUUUGAACACCAGUCGCCGAUCGUAGCAAGACCUGACUUUGGUGCUAGCGUCGACAGCGACAUUUUCUUGGCGAUCAUGGUGAACCACAUUGUUUCUAAUUGAAUGGCAGGAUGAUCCAAU